AUGAUGUGUGACAAUCUUUCAGUCUACAAAACAUCGGUUCCAUCAACAGCAAUACUUCCUCAAGCUCAAUCAACAAGAAUGAAUACACAGUGUUUUCCUGUGUAUGAUGACACUGAUGAACAUCGAUCAUAUAUGAGUGUCAAAAGAAAACUAUCAGACUAUGAAGAUAACAGUUCAUCAAUACAAACAUUAAAUUACAUAUCAACAUCGUUCGAUUGUAAUAGUAGUGACGAAUCUGAUGACGAUGACAACGAUGGUGAUGAUAAUGACGACGACGAUGACGAUGAUAAUGAUGAAAAUUCUGGUGAAGAUGAAAUAACAAGUGAUGAUGAAUCACAUCAUGUAAAUCCUUCAACAAUACCUUGUACAAUAAUACAACGACGUCAUAGUGAUACAAUUCAUACAUCCUAUGGUACACCAAUUGUGAAACGUCGUUGCACAUAUUCAUCAAUGCACGAUGAUGAACAAAAACGUACUGUUCUUGUUGAAUCAUAUCGAAAGUUGCGUGGUGUUAAAAAACCUAAAUUACAAGUUAGUUUACUUAUAUGUAAUUUAAUAAAACGGUUAGAAAAAACUUUUACAAAAACUCCUCCACUAAGACAAGAACAAGAACAUGAACAAGAACAUGUACAGUAUUAUCAACAUAAUCGAACAACUAAUCGUUCAUCAUCGUCAGAUAGUCUUUAUAUGUCGUCGUCGUCGUCGUCGUCGUCGUCGUCGUCAUUAUCAUCAGCAUUAGUAAAUGAUGAAAUUGAAGCAACAAACCAACAGUAUUCUCAUUCACAUUCACAUUCAUCAAAUUAUGAUUCGGAUAAAGUAUUAUUGCCAGUCAAUGACUUGAGAUCAACUCCUUCAAUGUAUCAUCCGUCAUCAACUGAUGCAUAUUGGCUUGCUCAAUCAAAUUUUGCAGUACCUGUUCUAUCGAUAUCAGAUGAUGAUGAUGUUGAUGUAUCAUUACAUGGUGGUGGUGAUUACCUUGAUUUAAGUGACAAUACAUUAUCGUCUUCCUUUUCAUCAUGUUCUCGUUCAUCUUCUUCUUCAUCAAAUGAUUGUUCAUUAACAUCUUCCCCUACUAUAACGAAACUCCUUGUUGAUAAUAAUAAUAAUAACAAUAAUAAUAAUAACAACAACAACAAUAACAACGAUGGUUAUUUUAUUUAUCAUCAUCACCAUCAUCAUCAUUCUUCAUCAACGACAGGGCAAACUUUUUUCUAUCCUCAUAAUGAAAAUAAUACCGUUGAUAUAAUAACAACUGCCUGA